AUGCCUGCUACGUCCUUAAGAAACGGGCUCUCUGGUGUUCCCGAAUCUGGUCCACUAAAUGUCCAUUUUGUCCGUGAUGUUGGCUGCAUCUUUUUUAUUUCCGGUGUUGGUUUAUUAAUUGCUGCAUUUUCAAUCGAAUAUCGCCUUCCAUUAUUUACAAUAAAUACGAGUUUUUAUAUGAUGCAUAUGUUCGUACAUAUUCACGAAGUUAUUAGUGGACGAUUACGUCCUGGUAUAUUUUGGACAGAUUUACCAGGUAUUUACCUGCCAGCUGCUAUUACGAUGACAUUGAAUGUAUUCAUGAUAAAAAAGAAAUCAAAACAAAUCGAUGAACACCAAUUCUUUUCGUAA